CCUUCGUUGCUCAACCUGGACGCAUCGGAGCACGCAUCUGGCCGCGCUCGGUACAUGUGCUGGCCACGAACAUCCGUGGCGACGGUGAAGCUAUGUUGAUACAUAUAACGGCCGCCGUCAUGGCUUUCAUGAAAGGGCCUCGAGGACAUAGAAACAUCAAGGACUUCCCCAGUCGUUCAUCAAUCGAGGUGCAGCAGCAAUUUCCCAUUGUCACCGUCGCUGUCGUUGAUUCUGUGAUUGAUCUCUUCUCAUCACCAUCGAUCCAACAAAGUCCUUCCUUCCUUCCUGCUCGGCAGCUCAUCGUCCUUCGCUUGGCGAACUCCUUCUCGUAGUGUCCUUUGACCUACUUGUCGGCAUCGUCGUCGUUGACGCCUGUCGUUCCCUUCCACCACGCUCACUCGACCAGUCGAUCCUCGACGUCUAUAUCACCAUGUCGUCCUCAAAAGAUUUCGAGAAGAGUGGAUACUCCACCGACAUCACUCCUCUGCCCAGUCACCACGCUCCUUCAAAUUCUUCCGUAUCCGGCUCAACGAUGUCACCCAAGAAAUCGAGUGUUACCAGCUUGACGUCCAAGAUGGUCCGCAGCGUGCGAGGCUACAUCAUGGCCGCUUCAGACUGGUUGCUGGAAUGGACGCCCUUCAUCCUGGUGACGACCUACUUCAUUGUCAGCACAGCGAUCUUCGUGCUAUGCAACGCCCAGACGAUCAAGGUCUUCUACUUCUUCUACAUGUGCACCAACUUCUACAUCGCAGCCACCUGUGUGAUCGAAUCUUUCAUGGGAAUGACUCCCGUUCGGGAAGCCCGUAAACUUGCUAUUGAGGUCGACAAGAAGGGCGGCAAGUUCCCCAGCGACUUCAACGGCACAGCCAAAGACCUCCCCAUCAUGGACAUUGUGAUUGUUGCGUACCUUCCCAACGAAAAGGACAUUAUCCGCAACCAGGUCCUUUACGCUCUUGAGGAGUUGAUCUACCCCGACAACAAGCUCCGCAUCAACCUGGUCUACAACACCCCCAAGGCCAUCGAACCUCUGGAGAGCGAGCUGGCGCUCAUGCCUGAACAGUACAAGAACCUCCGUGUCAUCAAGGUCCCCGGCUCCAAAUCCAAGGCCGACAACCUGAACUACUUCUUCAACAUCGAGUCCGACGCCGAGGUGAUUGCCAUCUUCGACAGUGACCACUGCCCUCACCCGUACAAUCCUCGCUGGGCCGCCGAGCGCUUCCUCGCGGACAAGACCGUUGACAUCGUCCAAGGCCGCUGCAUCGUCUACAACACCAACGAGGGAUUCUACCCCAAGAUGAUUGCCGUCGAGUUCGACAAGAUCUACGCCAUCUCUCACCCUGGUCGUCAGCGAAUGUUCGGAUUCGGUCUCUUCUGUGGUAGCAACGGAUACUGGAAGGCGGACCUCCUCCGAGGCCACAAGAUGCACGGAGAAAUGCUUUGCGAGGAUAUCGACUCUGCGCUCCGCGCCUACGGCGAGGGCAAGAAGGCUGUCCACGACAUGAAUGUCACCUCCUUCGAGAUGGCGCCCGUUUCCUUCGGUGCCUUCUGGAAACAGCGACUGCGGUGGGCGCAGGGCUGGACGCAAGCCUCGAUCGUUCACAUGCCUCUCGCCUGGACCAACCCUCCCGGCGGCAAACGCACCAUGAACGAGCGCUUCGGUGUCUUCUCCCUGCUGUUCGUCCGUGAGAUCUCCUACUACCUCGUCACCCAGCACACCUGCCUUGUGAUCAGCUUCAUCAUCACCAGCUGGCCGCACAACGUCCAGGAAUUCGUCAAGCUCAUCUUCUUCCGCUACCCCAUGGCCGAAUGGUUCUUCUUCGCCACCAUCGCCGCGCUCGCCAUGACCCUCUUCUUCACCGAGAAGGUCCGCUCCGAGUUCACCUCAUGGCGCUCCAUGACUGUCUUCUGCAUCAUCUACGUGCCUUACCUCGUCUUGAUGGCCGUCAUGGGUCUCUUCGCGCACGCACGUGAGAUUUGCAAGUACACCAAGUGGAACCCGACCGCGAGAAAAUAGACAUUCCCUCAUCGGAAGUACUAUCGUUUGCGCGUUCAAUUUGACAUGGGUUUAGCGACGGCGUUUUGGACGGAUCUUCAUUUUCUCAUCAAUAACCUUUUUCGUACUCUUCACAUUUCGUAAUCGUCGGCACAGUCGCCCGACGCCCGAGCACACGCCCGGAAGGAGUUUUCUCUCUGAUUCUACAUUUCAUGACAUGCAUUGCGCAUCGUCCCUGGGCCGGAAGCUCUCGCAGGCGCUUCCAUCAUUACGGCCUCACAUAGAUAUAUCCCGCAUUAGACAGGCAUACUUAACGAUUCUAUGAUUCUAUCAAAUUAUUCAUCAGACAUUUCCUG